GAAAGCCGCUUUUCUUGGAUCAAUUUUACAAUUCGGACUCGUUUUCAAAACUUUUUUUUAAUUCUUCGAAACAUUAAGAGGCUUCAGCUACAACAUCUCCAUUAUGGAUUAUGAAUUUCAUCAUUUAGCUGGCGGUAGUAUUGUUGAUUAUGCGCCUGUUUAUGAUCCGGAUGGAGAGUACCUGUUUUUCAUAAGUGGUGAAAUGAUUAAAAUAUACUCAACAGUUAGCACGCAAUUAGUACGUCUUUUGGAAGGAGCCAAACAUCGUCUAAUUGAUAUUGAAUUAGAUAUAGGGAAUAAAGAUACUAUUGUAGCUUGCAGUGCUGAAGGUGAAAUUCUAAGCUGGUCGUGGCAUACCGCUGAACUAAAAUCAUCCGUCAAGUUGCAAGAAAAAAGAAAGGAAAAUGAAGUCACUAAUUUCAAAUUGUUAAACUUAUAUGGACAAUCAGAACUAUCUUACGCUUUAGUAUGCGUAAUGGAUAGUAAAACAAAGAAGGUUGAAUGGCAAGUAGUAGAUCGGACAACAGGUGCGAAGAUUAACACUGAUUGUAGCUUAAGGCUUAUAAACAUGGGAAAACCUUAUAUUGAGGUAGACAACACAAAUUUUCAUAACUUGGUUAUAGCCCAAUAUACUAAUGUUUAUUUCAUCAAUUAUAAAACAUGGAAUUUCCAAAGAGGUUCCAGCGCACAUAGGAUCCCUUUUACUGCAUUAAAAAUCCAUCCCACGGAGGAAUGCGUUGCUACUGGAGAUGAACGAGGUCGUAUAUAUUUAUGGCGUGAAUUCGGUGGCAAUAAGCUACCCCUUACGAGUCUGUAUCAUUGGCAUCAUACACCAGUUCGAAGUAUUGCGUUUACUGUGUAUGGUGCAAAUUUCUGGAGCAGUGCUAGAGAAAAAGUUUUAGUUCAUUGGAAUAUAGAACUUGAACAGAAACAUUACUUACCUCGUAUGGCGGCGGAAAUUCUUCAUAUUGUAGUUAAUCCUAAAAAUGCUGAAGUUGCCGCUUGUAUGGCGGACAAUGGUGUACAAAUUGUGGGUACCGAUAAGCAAAUUUUCAACAAUCUGCAGGAAUUUACAUAUGUCGCCAAUGAUAAGACGAACAAUCCAAAAUUUCCUGUGGGCUUACGUUUAAAUCCACGCACCAACACUUUGGCUUUAAACGGUCGUGUAGGGUGUUUGCAAUUUUAUAACACUUACACGAAAAGUUUGAUUUAUAACCUAAAUAUUGUUAAUGAAAAUGCAUUAUCAACGGAGAGAGAUCACAUUUUAUAUGACACCCGAGUUACUAAAGCUGCUUUUAAUAUCGACUGGAUGGCUACGGGUGAAGUGUUUAACGAUGAACAACAUUUGCCAGAGUUACGUUUAAAAUUUUGGAAAUACGAAGAGAAGUCACAAAGUUAUACAUUGAACACUGAGAUUGAAUUACCACACGAAGAUGGUUUUAAAGCUAUCGAAUUUUCAAACGCUUAUCAAGUGGAUAAUUUAUUAUGUGCUACAGUGGGCGAUGAUAAUUUGAUUAGAAUAUGGUCUCUUGAAGAUUCCGAUAGUAUACAUAGAAAGGAAAAGACAUGGUGCUGUAUUGCUCAAAAUUGUUAUAAAAACUUUCCAAUCGAAUCAAUAUCUUUUUCGCAAGACGGCUCCCUACUAGCUGCCGGCUAUGGCAACACUCUCUGCGUGUACAUAUCAGAAACUUUAAAGAUGAAAGCGUCUCUGACUACUUCGCCAGGUCUGGAUGGCAGCGUAGCCAAAGUCCAAGUAAAAUUACCAUCAAUAACCGUUAAUGAUGCUACGUCGGAUAUAAUGAAAGAACGCAAACAAACUAUGGAUUUAUUCACAAACAUUUUGGAAACAAAGGAUUACUCUUUAUUAAAAGAGUUGAAGAAUAGCUUGGACAAAGCUGAAGAUUGUGUAGCCAAUGCCGACAUUUUUGAAAAGCUUGAUGAGAAACAAAAAAUAUCAUUACAUAAUCAAAUCCUUCAAAUGCAUGAAUUAAAUCUAUUUCAAAAGAUUUUAAUUUAUCAAAGAAUGGGAAUACGUUCUUGUCUGCCCCGGGAAUUGAAAUUUAAAGUUUUAAGUUACUUUAAAACGAAUAUACAUAGUAAUCAAUUACAAAGAUUAGAGCAAAUGUUGCAUUCUUUAAAUCUGAGGCAUCGUUAUAAAGCCAAAUAUCGCUUACAAUAUUUUACUAAACGGAAACGUAAUUAUGAUGAUGAAAUCGCCAAAAAUCUUGUACCAUUAAUGGACGUUUUACAUUUAACGCGAGACGAAACGAAGGUAAAACGUAAGAAUGGUUUAUUGAACCGAGAUCAACACGAGAUUCUACUCAGUAGAGACAUAAAGCCUCCAGAGGCUGCCAUUGCUAAUAUUAAAAAAGUACAAUUUGGUGCCGGUGAUUAUGCUCAUCUAGUGGUAGCUUGUACAGAACGUCGUGUCUUAAUAUGGAAUCUGCUCACGUUACGUUUACAAUCUGUAUUGAAAUUAAGCGUUGACCACAUCAGUUUCGAUCCUCUAACAAAUUUAAUUGCAUUGGUCACUCUGGACCGUCAAUUACACAUUUUUCAACCAAAUGUUCCGCUACCUGUCUAUCAGCGUUAUAAUAUGCCAAGAUUAUAUGGUCUUGCUUGGAUACCGAGACGCCAUCCCAAACAUCGUUCCAUUAAUGUUGAUUGGCAGGCUCAGUCAACACUAUAUUUUCUAACACAAACUCAAGAACUUAAGUAUUUGGUGCAUGCCAAUGAAAAGCAAGAUAUCGAAUCUCCAAUCGUAUUCGAUAACGUUGCUACACCGUCCUUACAAUACACAACUUUUGGAACUAUCGCUACCAAGUCUGUUGUCGAGAGACCAACGAAUACUAACCGAUAUACUGGUCCAUUGCUGAUAGGAAACUCUGAAAGAACGGCAGUUCAAGCGUUUAUGAGUAUGGCGGUGCACACUAUGCCACCCAUAAGCCUUCUCUGUGAGGACUUUGUAAAAUCUAUGCUAAGAUCGGUUGAUGAUAACAGUUGUCCAGCGAAUCCGGCAGAGACGUCUGCGACGAUGCAUCUUAAUGGUGACAUUGAAAUGAACGGUGUUGUGGAGGGAAGUGACAGCGAAGAUGAUAACAAUUGUCAAGGUGAUCGGAAUACGGCGACUGAGAGUAAGAAUGCAACCAAACGUAAAGAUAUUUUAAUGAAAACAGAAGAAUUACGAAAGCAAAAUAAACAACUGAAUGUCACAGCAGAAAAAGAAGAAGAGAGCAGGCUACGACUUAUAGCGCAACAGACAUUUGAGUUUGAUUUUUAAAAUUUUUUUAUUUAUUUUAUUUAAUAUUUUUUUUUUUUUUUUUU